CUCACUCAUGCUGUAUGCCAUUCCCUCCCUCUCCCUUCUUACACUUCCUCAAAGUGGCCUGAGCUCCUUUCCUGUCCUCUCCACAUCCUAUCCACCUCAACAGACUUACUCAUUUUGCCUAAAACCUACCCUCAGAAUUUAUCUUUUUUUUUUAUUUUCUUUUUUUAUACCUUUUUUGUAUUGUAUUUUUUUUUCCACAUUAUUUUUUGUGAGGAGCUUCCUUUUAGUGUACAUCCCUGGAGUGUGCGAGGUCUCUGACUUGGUUCUUCAACAGUUUUUGGCAGGAGAAAAGUGCGUAGAAGAAUUUCCCACCACAAUGAAAGUUCAGCUGCUGCUCCUGCUGGCCCUGGCCGGCCCUCUCUGCUCUUUCACACGUGCAAGCCCCACAUCAGUCCCCACAGAUGUCACGAAGGUAGGAGAAGACAUCAUCACUGGUCCUCCUCCAACCAGUCCACAGGCUGUUCCUGUCAUUACUGGUGGAUCUGUUGCACCCAAAGCUUUUACUGAGGUCACUACGGCAGCAGAAGAUACAAAGCCUACAACUUCUCUAUUAAAGAUGGUUACUGUUGCCAUAACUGAGGGAGCCUCUACUGAGAGCACGAUUCUUUAUACCCAAUCAACUUUCCUUCCUGCCCAGGCAAGUUCACUGCCUCCCAUUACUACUGCUGAUCCCGCUCUAAAAACCACACCCUCUGUAGUGACAGACACCUUACCUUCGAUUACCGAAACAACUUAUUCUAACGCGCACAAGGAGGCGAUAGAUGGGACUGAAGAAAAUGAGAGGAUGGAAAUUGAAGAUGGGCAGGAAGAGGGCCUGAGCAGUGGACAUAUCGUAGGAAUUGUGAUUGCUGCUAUUGUGGCAGUGGUCAUUGUCGGUGCUGUAAUCCUUUCACUGUGGAGAAAGAUGGGCAAAUACUCCCCUUGAGGAAAGAGUCCACCAAGCUACAGGAGCAUGUAAAGUUCUGGGAAUCCUAAACUACUGAACUGUGACUUUGAGUUUGAUAAUGGAAAAAAGUACAACGCCAGAACGAAACUAAUCUAACCUGGACUCGAAAUGAUGUGGGUUUAGUAUAUAUAUAUCUAUAUAUAUCUAUAUAUAGAUAUAUAUAUAGAUAUAUAUAUAUAUAUAUAUAUACCACAGAAAAGAGUGGUGCACAAGCCAACAUCUUUGUUUGCCCUGCUAACCUCCCUGAACUUAAGGAGCUACUGAUGUUAGAAGCUCACUUUUCCUUUAUUUUCCUGUAGUGAACAAAACAAGGGGACAAACAAAUUGUGAUGGUUUUUUGUGCUUUUUGUAGGUAUUUAGUUGAUCCAAGAGAAAAGAAACAAUUAUUUGAUAUCACGGGGAAAGCAUGUAUCUCCAUUAAAGUGAAGUAACACAAAAUUAUUCAGCUUAAGAGAAAAGAGCAUCUAAAUGGAGUAGUGCGUACAAAUACUGAAGGAAAUGGGGAGUUAAAAGUAGAAAAUACUUUUACACACCCCCAGGAUGUUUGUAUAUAUAUAUAUAUAAAUAUAUAAUGCAUUGGAACUAGAUAGGAUAGAGCAAACAACUUUCUCAUUUUCUUGCAGUUGCAUAGGAUAGCAUUUGAUUAUAUUCAAAAUAUGAACAGGCAAUUAUAGGACAUUGUUUUACUGUGCUGUAUAGGCCUCCUUGCAGAGUUCUUUUCAAAGUUUAGUUUGUCUCACUUAAAUAUUGCAAUAAAUUGCAAUCGCUCCUUCAUAUCACUGCUGAGAAUCUUUGUCCCACUGUUCAGAAUUAUUUUAAUUCAGCAACAUUGGAGUCAAUAUUCUGAAAAAAAAAUAUAGUUUAAAGUUAGGCUAAUUGGAUUUCAAUAAAGACUUUGACUAAGCCUCUCUUCACUGGGGUGCGCUGAGAUAUGGACUAUAUUUCAUGCAUAUGGCUUAUAUGCAUGAAAUCAUUAUUUUACUGUAUAACAUGGGCUGUUUGAGUUUAACACAUUAUCAUUAAUCUUUCCAUCCGUUAUGGCAAGUCAUCUAGGUUCUGAAGUAACCAAGCAACAUCAGACUGGGUUUUAUGCAGCUACAGUAUAACAGGAAAAUCUUCUUC